AUGGAGUUUCGAUUUUCAAUUGGGUCGUGCUUCAAAGCACCAAACUCUCCUGUUCUUAUCUCUUCAAGCACUAAGAAAACAAAUUUCAAAUUUCAAAGCACAUUUAGAGUCAUCUCUGCUGUUUCGUAUAAGGAAUUCGCUGACUCUGCUCUGGAAGAAACCAGGAAAAGGGUCCUUCUUGAACCUUCACCUCUCCAGGAAAAGUAUAGUAGCAUGACAGGACUUGAUGGAAAAACCCAGCUUCAAAUGCUUGCUUUCAAAUCUUCAAAGAUUAGACUCUUGCGAAGCAUGGCCAUCGAGAACGAGACAAUGCAGGUUUUUGACUUUGCUGGUUUUAUGGAGCCUAAGUAUGAUACACCCAUAUUCUGUGCUAACUUCUUCACAUCUGCCAAUAUGAACAUAGUGGUGUUGGACCUUAAUCCUUUGCAUCAGUUGACCGACAAGACGGAUUACCAAGACAAGUAUUACAACAACAUAAUGUCCAUACAUCACAAAUAUGCUGAGAUUUUUCCAUGGGGAGGAAAAUUGACUGGUGAAUCCAUAAAGUUUUUUUCGCCUUUGGUGAUGUGGACCAGAUUUUCGUCUAGCCAAGAAAAACACAAGGCUUUAUUCUCUGCGUUCCUCGAGUACUAUCAGACAUGGCUUGAGAUAACAAUCCAAGUGACGGAGGAGAUGGAUCCGUCUCAGGUGAGAGCCAACCGUGAAGCACAACACAAAUACUUGACAUGGCGAGCACAAAAGGAUCCUGGACAUGGUCUUCUUAGAAAAUUAGUCGGUGAAGCAAAGGCAAAGGAGUUGCUGAGGGAUUUCUUGUUCCGUGGAGUAAAUGAGUUAGGCACAAAAACAUUCAUUGAUUACUUUCCAGAGUACCAAACUGAAGAUGGAACUGUUAGCGACAAACGAAGCAUCAUCGGAAAGUCUUUUGAAACUCGGCCUUGGGAUUCAACAGGAAGAUUUAUCGGCUAA